AUGAGGUGGGCGAAGCCCGCAAAGGCGCUGCUGUCGGCGGCUGCCAUACUCUUUGCCUUGUCGUCGGCAGCUGCGAAUCCGCAGACUGGCUCCAGUGCGAGCGCGGCGGACGACGGCGACCAAGAGGUUUCUGCAGCUGCGCAUGCGCCUACGGCAGCGCCUCUGGUGGCGGAGGGCGCGGCGCACCAGGGCUACCGCAUGCCCGGCCUCUUCGGCUUCAACGGCGGGCGGCCCUUCUUCGCGGAGCGCGACCCGCUCACCGGCUCCCUCGACUUCGGCACGCGCGCCGUCACCGCCACCGGCGCCGGUGCUGCCUCUCACGGGGACGGCGACUACUUCUACGAAGACGAGGAGGCGGUGGACGACACCGAGGCCGACAGCUGGGACGGCGUGGACCGUCGAGACGGGCCAAUCCGCGGCAGCAGCAGUGCCGCCCCGACGCACAACGAGGUGGCGGGCGUGCGCAUCGUGCACGGCUACAGCAACCACAAGUACACCGAGGAGGACCUCAAGUACCCGCUCAUCUCCAGCUCGUACGCCAACACCAAGGUGCAGGGCGCGGGCGGCAGCCAGCGCGUCGUCCGGCCGCAGCCCACCAGCUCCACCCCCGUGCCCUCCUACUACACAGUGAGUCCGUCUGGCCACGCGAGACCGGUCGAGAAUGGGGUACCCUCGUACGAUAUCAGUCACGGCUACAUCUACCCCACUGCCAAUGGAGAAGUAAAGCCCGUCACAACUGCAGCAACUAGUACCGCAUUCACAACCACCACCACUACUGCCACCGAGCCCACGACGAAAGACACCCGCCGCCAAGACUCGCCCUCUUCGACUACCAGUACCACAGCCGCAACCACCACACCGACUACCACCACCAGGAGACCGGCAGUGACAUAUGUUACUUCGGAUAAUAAGGAGCCUACAUCAGCGCCAUUCGUCGUCACAUCGAUGCCACUCGAUGCCCACACUCCUCUGAAACCUCAGGGACGACCUCCCUCUCUAACCAGCAAUGUCAUAUUGACUCCAAACCAGCGUCCACAAGCGUCAUCAUCACGCCCUCCUCUCGUUCCGUCUGUCGAACUACAGACCGAAUCCUCGUAUCUGAAUAAUGCCGACAGGCUGAGUCCGUAUGGUGCCUAUGCCGAGGAACCUUUCCGACCGAUAUUUGGGCCGGGUGAAGGUGUCGAGCAGACACGUCCUCCCGGUGGUACCCCUACCCCGAGGCCACGACCGCCGGCACCUGGAGUCCUGAGACCCGGCUAUGCCCAGAAUGCUACCGUGUUCUUCCCUUACGGUGCUAACAGGCCAGCUGCAACUCCCACUAACACUCACAGAGUGCCGGCAGAUUCACUGACUGGUCAUAUCGGCCCCACUGCCAGCCCCGUAGUCGUACAGCCCAAUCCGCUGGCGACACUGCUAGCUUCUUCUGGCGCUCUAGCUGUCCAGAUGCAGCCUGCCCCUCGCCCGAGUGCUCCUACUCCCCAGCCGGCACCACAAGAUGGUAACAGGUGGACUGCAGCAUCAGCCAAACCUACUACCACCAGUGGAGGUGUCGUCAAGUUUCCUGAAGACAAGCAACCUUCUCGCCCAGUUCCGGACACUUCUUCGACUCCAGCAGCUGGGAGCAAGGUCGACAGUAGUGGUAGCUUCAUCAGCUCUGUGCAGAAAGUUCCACUGUCUGCACCACCCCCGGCUGGCAUCCCGUCACGGCCACAGGUCCGUCCACCUUCUACAGAGCUGCAACCGCCAGCAGAAGCCUCUCGCCCACCGCCCUUCUCGUGGGACACCCGUCCUAAGCAGCCUCCUCUGAGAUACCCUCUCCCUCCUCCACCGCCUCCUCAUCCCGCUUCACCCCAAAAUAAUCAGAUCGCACGUCCCAAGGUGGACACUGUCCCAUCGCCGACAUACGUAGUCGGUUCACCGGCAGCAGCUGGUGGCUACAAUCGCGGCAAGCCUCCAGCAGCCCAGCCUCACAAUGGGCGACCUAGAGUACCGCCGCCCCCGCCUCCACCUCCAUCGCCUCAUUCGGCAGCGCCAGGAGCAGCUCUUCCCAACAUCCUGCCACAGUUCCGGCCGACAGCGGGGCAGGGUGACGGUCGCUUCCCAUACCGUCAGCAGCCACUGGUGCAGCGUUUGCAGCCACCACCCAUGCAGCCGGCAGCACACUACCGCCGCCGCAGUGACCGCCCUGAUGAAGAACCACUGCCACCCCCAGCGCCACUGGUACAUCGCCGCGCAGGACCCGACAACCGACGCAUCACUACGCUGCAGAUGAUGCAGGGUGCAGGAGGUGGUUCCGGUCCUUCGUCGGCAUUCCUGCCGCCCCCUGUAGCCGCCGCCGCCAGGAACGAAUUUACCGUUUCCCCAGCUGCUUCCGAAAACAGGCCCGUGUUCGUUGUUUAUCCAGUGAAACCUAAUGAAGAGCGAAUCGCCGACACAGGUGUUGUCAUUGGGUCGCACGGUCCACAACGACCACUGCCUCCAGCUGACCUGGAGGCAGAGCGUGAGGCAGCUGCCGCCUCCGAGGAGUUGCCUCUACUGCAGCCAGUCAGGGAUCGCACAGACACACCACUGCUUAAGCCGCACCGUGCUGAAACUGUUGCUUCAGUUACAGCAGAUGACUUCCCCUACCGCAUGGAAAGACCGCAUCUCGAAGAAGACAGACCUCUCGCCGAAGCACUCGAUGCUGAGAUACAUGACGAUCAUUUUGGUGGCGCAACGGGCCGCGACAGAGACGACCACGACACUGAAGACAAUGUUGUCAUUCCUUAUCUGCAGGACUACCAGCCUUUUGCCACCAAGAAGCCUCCUCAUUCGCCAUCCACUGUGGGGAAUACCGACAGGUGGGCGUCCGUCAGCAAGGAUGUAAGUACUACAACGACAGCUACAGUCGCUACCUCGCAGAAAAAAUAUCCUUCGAUGCAGGAGACGGUAGUGGAACCUGGUGCUGGUGGCUCCGAAUUCACAGUGUCGGCAGUGAUGCACACCCGGCCUCAACUCGGAGGACUCAAUGGCAGCCACCGUUCCAAUCAUCGGGAGCGUCCAGAGGACCUCCCAUCUUCAUCUACUCCUCCGUCUCUCAAUUUCCAGGCUCCAUUCCAGGCGAGCGCCAACGUGGAUGCUGCUCCCUCCAACCAGGGCUGGAGUGUGGUACCUGACACUCGCUUUCCACCAGCUGCCGAAGACAGGGAGGACUCUCCAGUACCCACGCCAGCGAACUCCAAAGACGACAUUUCUGAAGCCACCCCGUCCAAAUUCGACUUUGAAAACUUCAAACCACAGUUGUUCGGAGGUUUCAAGCCCAUCUAUAACGUCCCCAUCACCAACGGCACUGCCUCAGCUGGGCAACAACUACUGGCGACGGAGAGAGAAGAGAGGCAGCUCUGAAAGCGGCUUCUUCUUUGGUGGUUCAUGUGAGCCGUAAGCUUCGUCUCUCCCGCAUCAUCAAAGGACUCUGCCGAUUCCUCCGUCCUGCCUAUGGACGACCAGUGAGCGAAUACUUCCCACGUAACGAUGUUCUACGGUCUGCAGAUGGACAAUCUCGCGGCAUAGUAAAAGAUGCCACGACAAACCAGACGAAUGUCGAAACGUAAGAAGUAUUGGUGGAAAGGUGCAUACCGACGUUUACGAGCGUGCAAAAAGCGCCGCUGACGCUACUGGCCUGAACAUUAUUUUUGGUCUAAUUACGUUUUACGAAAAGAAAUCAGCAGAAAAUAUUGUCUUGAUUUCGUUACGUUUGUAACGUCCUUCUCAAUGGGUAACCUACUUUUAUUAGGUAAUUUUCUACGUUGACUACUUCUUUUGGUACGACAUUGGGUGAAGCUGAGUGCCUUUACAAGCACCAGGUCGACUUCUGUUCCUAUUGCUAAGGGUCUUCUAGGUUCUGUCUCACUGUUGUAACAAACAAUAAAAAAGGUUCGUUUUCAAGUUGGCCACUGCAUUCCCUUAAAGCAGUAGGCCUCAUACUCGGUGUAAAAUCCUUUCUCUUUCUGUAUGGGAGAUCCCUAUUCCGUAGUUAUUGCUACGUAGUAUACAGUUCCUUACAGUCUAGCGGGCGCCGUUGUUAUAAUCUGGAAACUAGAAACCAGAAACACAGCUGAGUAUACAAGGUUUAAAAAUCUGCUGUUAACUCAGUUCCUUUAAAUAAAUCAACAGGAAACUAUCAAACAAGAAGUGAUCUUUCAGAUCUUUUCUGCAAUCAUUGCACAUAACCUUAUUUUACAUACGAUUCCUGUGUUAUCUUUUAAAAAGCCUAGCAACUACUGUCCCUUAUAUAGUUUCGUUAGUAUAUCUCAGGAAAAGUGCUCGAUUCUGAAACAGCGUUACAAUACCAGAAUCGUAGCGUUGUCUUUAUUUACUAUCAAGCAGUAGAGAUCUAAAUAUACUACACAAACUGUAUCUUGCGAACAUGCUCAGUCAGGGGCAGGGAAACGCUCAAAUGUCAACAUUUGCUGUCAGUGUUUCUUCCUCAAAGAUAGCUGCAAUCGAGGGACAGGCGCUGGUGAACGUUAUGGGAGAACCAGCGCCCCUUACAUCGCCUUCAUGUUCCUUAUUACUCUCAGAUUCACUAACUGCAGAUGCAUCAGAAUUGGUUAGAAAAUGGUACGACAUACAUAUGAAAACGUUACUCGUUUAACAACCACACAGUUGGACACUGUUACAAGAUGGAACAGGAGCUAGCUUUUUAGAUAUGGAAGAGUAAGUGCAAGUCAGGCGAGAAAUAGAACUUUGUAUUUUGUUUCCAAAAUUUCGCCUUAAUUUAUUAUUUAUUUAUUUAUUUAGUUAAUUUAUCAUUUAUAAUUUAUUUCCAGUAUAUAGAAAUUGUCAUUUUUCAUUUUCAUGCGUGUUGUUCAUAAGGAAAGUCUUCAUUAUCCACCAGGUAAAUAACUGUAACAUUGUUCCUGGAAAUGUGUGUUUUGCCUGAUUGUAGUCAGUUUUAUGUAAGUGUUGGCUAACCUCUAUCCAGGCUUUCACGAAAUAGUUAUUCAGACCUGAUGGUAUCUGAGCAUAUUCGUCGAAGCUGUCACUUCUGAAAGAAAAGAAUGAGGUAAUAUACGGCUUUUUGAGAGCAGUCAGUUGUUAAUUAGCCAUUGAUAUCACAUAAGAUGAGAAACAACUAUUGACAAAAUUUAUGUCUGUCUAAGAGCAAGAGACAUAAACAGUGAUAUUAUUUAUGUACAGUUAACAUUUAAUCAAUAUUUAAAACCAAUAUAAUCAGCUGUGACAGAGAUUUAUAUGUUAAGCUUUCAAAUAAAAUGUCAUCUGUAUUUAUAAGAACGUCUCUUUGGUUGUACAGUCAGUUGCUUCUUUUAUGCAGUAGUAUAUCUAGUAACUUUUUAUUGAAUAUUUUUCACUUUGCACACUGCAUACAAUAAAACAGUGUUUAUAGCACCUGUGGUGUUCUGCUUGACGUGGCCAGUAAAUGAGGCCUUUUAUUUGUUACUGUUGUGUAGUCAGUAUGUUGUUUGUUUCGCGUCAGUGUAGGAGUUGCAUCCACCUCAUGUCAUGACUACCUAGUCAUAAACUUUGUAAUUAAAAGAGAGGUCACAAUAAAUAUCUUGUUUUGUAAUAUUUA